GAGCCACUGAAAGUGGGGAGAUGGUCUGUACAAUAUGUCAGGAAGAGUAUUCAGAAGCACCGAAUGAAAUGGUUAUAUGUGAUAAAUGUGGGCAAGGUUAUCAUCAGCUGUGUCACACACCAAAUAUUGAUUCCAGCGUGAUUGAUUCAGAUGAUAAAUGGCUCUGUCGACAGUGCGUUUUUGCAACAACAACAAAGAGGGGUGGUGCGCUUAAGAAAGGACCAAAUGCCAAAGCACUGCAAGUCAUGAAACAAACAUUACCAUAUAAUGCAACAGACCUUGAGUGGGAUGCAGGUCAUAAGACCAAUGUCCAGCAGUGUUACUGCUAUUGUGGAGGACCUGGAGAUUGGUAUCUAAAGAUGUUGCAGUGCUGCAAAUGUAAGCAGUGGUUUCAUGAGGCUUGCGUGCAGUGCCUCCAAAAGCCAAUGCUUUUUGGUGACAGGUUUUAUACGUUCAUUUGCUCAGUUUGCAGUUCUGGACCAGAAUACCUCAAACGUUUACCCUUGAGAUGGGUAGAUAUAGCACAUCUAUGCCUUUACAACCUAAGUGUUAUUCAUAAGAAGAAAUACUUUGAUUCAGAGCUUGAACUCAUGGCCUACAUUAAUGAAAACUGGGAUAGAUUACAUCCUGGUGAGCUGGCAGAUACACCAAAAUCUGAAAGAUAUGAGCAUGUACUGGAGGCAUUAAAUGAUUACAAGACCAUGUUUAUGUCUGGAAAAGAAAUAAAGAAAAAGAAGCAUUUGUUUGGCUUGAGAAUUCGUGUUCCUCCUGUGCCACCAAAUGCUGCUUUAAAGGCUGAGAAAGAACCAGAAGGAACUUCUCAUGAGUUCAAAAUUAAAGGCAGAAAAUCAUCUAAACCAAUCCCUGAUGUGAGGGAAUUAAGUAAUGGUAUAGAAAGAAAGGGAAAAAAAAAAUCAGUAGGUCGUCCACCUGGUCCCUAUACAAGAAAAAUGAUUCACAAAACUCCAGAGUCGUCUCCUCUGGAUAAUGAACCAGUUCCAGUGAUAGAGAACCCAGCCUUGGAAUUACCCUGCACUGUUGGGAAAUCUGAUGGAACUGCACAUUCAUCCAAUACCUCAGAUGUGGAAUCUACAGGUGCUGCCAGUAUGAAAGAAACUACCUCAUCUAGCAUUUCCAGACAUUAUAGCUUAUCUGACUCGAGAAAAAGGACUCGUACAGGAAGAACUUGGCCUGCUGCAAUACCACAUUUGAGAAGAAGAGGUCGCUUUCCACGAAAAGCACUCCAGACUCAAAAUUCAGAAAUUGUAAAAGAUGAUGAGAGCAAGGAAGAUUACCAGUAUGAUGAACUCAAUACAGAAAUACUUAACAACUUAGCAGAUCAGGAGUUACAGCUCAAUCAUCUAAAGAACUCAAUUACUAGUUAUUUUGGUGCAGCAGGUAGAAUAGCUUGUGGGGAAAAAUACCGUGUUUUGGCUCGUCGGGUGACACUUGAUGGAAAGGUGCAGUAUCUUGUGGAGUGGGAAGGAGCAACUGCAUCCUGACUGUAGGACUGAACAUUAUGUUCACUGCACUGUCAUCUGUAAGUACAGUUCAUAAUGCAGAGCCACAAGAGAAACGUGUCUUUAAAUAUGUUUCUAAAAACAAAACCGGUUUAGCCUUAACAUGUGACUGUUAUCAUUACAGCUCUUGUGAUAAAGACUUAUCUUUUAAAAUCUGAUCUGAAACUUAAAUUUUUUAAUCUGAACAUUGUUAGAUUGUUUUAGGUUGGGAUAUUUUGGGUUACAAUUGCUUAAACUUGUGCAUGGUGUUUUA